AUGGUGAUGUUUUCAACAUUUGAGCAUUCAGUGGACCUGAUAUAUCGCAAUAUCAUUCAAAAAAGAAAGGAAGAUUGCUCAAGAGCGCAGCAACUUGGCGUGACAUGUUUAGGAGGGUAUGCAGCUGGAGCUGUUGGUACCAUAAUCUCUAACCCUGCGGAUAAUAUUGUUUCCUUCCUAUACAACAAGAAGGCUGAGACUGUGCUGCAG